CAUCUAUGGGGCGGCUAUGGAGCAGUUAUGGGGCGGCCAUGGGGCACUUAUGGGGCAGCCCCACAGGCGCAGUUUGAGACGCCCUACGUGGUGCGGCUGCACAACUUCCACCAGCUGGCGGCGCCGCAGCCCUGCUUCACCUUCCAGCACCCCAAGCCAGAGCCCUCAGAGGACAACAGCCGGUACCGGCGGCUCUCGUUCCCGGUGCCAGUGACCACGGCCCUGCACGGCUUCGCCGGCUACUUUGAGACCGUGCUCUAUGGAGACGUCACCCUCAGUAUCCGCCCUGAGACGCACUCACCUGGGAUGUUCUCCUGGUUCCCCAUCUUCUUCCCUUUGAAGCAGCCAAUGGCGGUGCAGGCAGGGCAGACGGUGGUGCUGUCGUUCUGGCGCCGUGCGGCCCCACAGAAGGUUUGGUACGAGUGGGCCGUGACCGAGCCGGCCUGCUCUGCCCUGCACAACCCAGCAGGCCGCUCCUACACCAUCGGACUGUGAGCAAUAAAGACUCAGCAACCGCG